GCAAGAAAUUCAUCGCUCAUUUUGUUGAGCAAAUUAGUUCUCAUAUAUUUCAUUGUUGAAAAGGUUCUCUUCGUAGUAGCUGUUGAAACGAACAGCAUUAACACUAGACAAAUCAAUCGACUAAUCAAUUGGCAUUGUGUGUCAAUCCCUGCAUCCACCAACUGCUCUAGUAAGUUUUCAAGGGAACAAACCUCAUAUUUCUUUUAGUCUUUUACGUUUUAAACUUCUAGAAUUUUAGGUUUCAUUGUUUUUUUUAUAUGCAUAAUCUUUGGAGCUAAAAUUUAAAGGCUAAAUUUAGAGUAGUGAUUUGAAUAUGGUCAUCUGAAUCAUUUUUCUAGUUAUACCCAAUUUUAUUAUAAAAUCACACUAAACCGAAUGCCUAAAAUCGAAAAAUUCAUAAGGACUAUACUAACUACGGAUCCAGAGGAGGGCUGGGCCGGGGCCCGGGGUGGCCACCCCCUGGAUCCGCCACUGCAACCCACAUGCCACAUGAGUGACAACGGGGUAUUUGCAUAUUAACCAUCAAGGAUUUUGUCGAGGCGCAAUGCCCGACGUUGUGCUACCGUUAUCGAGAAGACUUGGUCUCCUGUACCAAAGGUGCCUUCGGGAACGAACACCAAAAAGGCGGUACUAAGAUUCGAACUUGAGACCUUGUCACAUCUCAAAACCAAAACCCAAUCAUUUACCAACUAGGCUGUCUUACCAUCGGCAUCAUUUAUUAUUAUUAACUGGCAACUUAAUCAUUGAUCCGCUAAAUAAAGAUUAGAUAACUAAAACAAAAGAAAAUAUCUAUUCUUUGAGAUCCUUCAUUUUUUCCAUUCGAGCGAAAAUAAAUAAAAUCAGACCAAUUACUUAAAUAUCCUUCUAUUUAUUCCUAAAUGUCCUAACUAUUCACAGAUAUGAUAUGAUAAUUUUCCCCCCUUUAACGUAUUCCCAAAACAGAGAACAUGACCCAUUUUUUUGGUGUUGCCCAUAUAUGUUGAGGGAAUUACUUGCCUUGUCUAGGAGGUAAGAGGGUAGUGAGAAGAAGAUUAGGCUUUGACUCCUUGGAUUGAAAUAGUGGAGAGAUGGGCUUGACCUUUGACUCCAUGUGGACCGUAGGAGUUCCCGUAUUAGGCUAGACGGGCUGAAGCCCAUAGUUAAUAAAACGGGCUUUACUAAGGGCCCAAAACUGGGACUAUCCCCGAGCACACUCUCUAAUCUCUAUUCAAGUUCAAAUCUCGGAGCUAAGUUUUUUUUCUUUUCGUAAUUUUGAUCAUGGUUCAAAUAGGCACGCUUAAUCUUACGCUUAGGUACGCCUAGGCGCAAGGCAAUGGCAAAACGCCUCGUUUAGGGAUUUCGCGCCUAAUUAGAUACCAGAACACGUUAAUGGAGUACGGCGACAUAUAAGUCUCUCCUAAACAUUACUAGAUGGAGCUAAGAAGUCAAUAUUAAAUACAAAAAUUAACAUCAACUUUGAAAUCAAUUAACUAUUGCAAUAUUUUCAAUAGCUCAAGAACUUUGUGAACUAUUGAGCUAUGAUUCUAUGAACUCGUAAGCUAUAUUCCUGUCAUUAAGUGUUGAGUAAGUUAUUAAUCAUUUUAACUGAAGUGAGGAAGUGUUGUAGAUUAUUAUUUCAUUCAUCAUGCACUGCGCAUAACUAUUUUCUUCCAACGCCUAGGCACGCUUAGUCAACGCCUAGGCGCAAGGCAAAGGCCCAACGCCCACAUUACGCCUAGCGCCUUUUUGAACCUUGAUUUUGAUUAAACAUGGAUAACUAUUAUUUUGGAUUGAAAUCGAUCACGCUACAAACGGCCAUACUUAGAGCGUUGAUUCGAUCUUAAACGGUUCCUAAGCCAUGAGAAUAUAUUUAGAAAGGCUUAAUGAAAGCCGACUCAUAUAAUUAUAUAAUGGAAGACAUUCUACGGUUGGUAGCAAGUACGUUAGAUAUAAUCUCAUAUAUUUAGUGAUGGAGGCAGAAUUUGAAACUAUCCCUAUCCUCUUUUUGUAUUAUAAAUAUAUAAUAAAAUUAAUAAUAUCAAAAUAAUUUAUUUUCAUAUAUAAAAGAUAACAAUGGCUCAUACAAUUAGUAUUUUCAUAAACAACCAUGACGAGAUUUCAUAUUGGGUGUUGUGUUCCAUCUUUAGUAUAAACAUAUAUUGUUUGCCUCCGCCUGUGCUCAUAUUAAUACAAGUUACAUGACGAAAUUUCGUAAGUUCGAAAGUAUUAUUAGGUACUUUGUAACAAGUGUUGAAUAUUCAAACUAUAACCUUAUUUUUUAUAAAGUUUUCUUAAUUUCAUAAGAACUUAUUAGGAAUAAAAUUUAAAAUUUAUUCCUAAUCAAAAAUAUUAAUUUAGUUUUAUAAUUAAGAGAGUAACCAUAUCGGUUGACUCAAACGAUUCAUCACCAUUCACCCAACCUGUUCAUUGACCGCAAAUUUUGUAAUCCAACCAAAACCAACUCAUAAGUCGUAAACUGCUCAGCAAUCAGUACUAAAUGGGGACUUAACCGACCCGCAUCCCAACGGGCAUGCAACUGACCAACCCGAUGGUUCACCAAUCCAACCCAACCCGCCCUUUAACGCCUCUGUUCAUUUGGUCGCCACAAACAGCGGAAGAACAGAAAAUUCAUCAGCUCUUCCUCCUUCCUCUAGGCAGCUACUGUCCAGACUCCACACACCAAGACAAAAACGCUUCCCAUCCCUCUCCAAACAAUGGCUGAUGCGAAAUCCAAGUUCAUGGAAGUCUAUUCAAUCUUAAAAACGCAAAUUUUCGAAGACCCUGCUUUUGAAUUCGACUCGGCGUCUAGACAAUGGGUGGACUCUGUGAUGGACUACAAUAUACCUAAAGGCAAGCUAGUCAGAGGGCUUUCAGUUCUUGGUUGCUACAAGACAUUGAGGGAAGGGCAAGAAUUAACUGAAGAUGAAGUCUUUCUCGCUUGUGUACUUGGUUGGUGUAUUGAAUGGUUUCAAGGAUGUGCUCUCAUUAUCGAUGAUAUAGUGGAUCGCUCUCACAUGCGUCGGGGACAACCGUGCUGGCAUACAUUACCUGGGGUUGGUAUGAUUGCUGUAAAUGAUGCUCUAGUUCUCCGCAACCAUAUUGGUAGGAUGUUGAAGCUUUACUUCAGAAAGAAGCCAUACUACGUGGAUCUGGUUGAGUUGUUCAAUGAGGUUGAGUUCCAAUCGAUCUCUGGACAGAUGAUCGAUUUAAUUACCACCAACGACAAGGAUCUAGCUAAGUACUCAUUGACAUUAUAUAACAGGAUCACAGAGUACAAAAGCGCUUAUUACUCGCUUUACCUGCCAGUUGCAUGUGCACUGAUCUUGGCAGGGGAAAAUAUCGAAGACCAUUCAAAUGUGAAGGGCAUCCUAGUAGAGAUAACGGCAUAUUUUCAGAUACAGAAUGAUUAUCUGGAUUGCUAUGGAGACCCCAAAGUGACAGGCAAGGUUGGAACUGACAUUGAAGACCGCAAGUGCUCAUGGCUGGUGGUCAAAGCACUAGAGCUUGCGAACGAGGAACAAAAGAAACUGUUACAAGAAAACUAUGGUCAACAGGAUCCAGCCUGCGUCGCCAAAGUGAAAGAACUGUAUGAUCUCCUUGAUCUUCAGAGUGUGUACUCAAUGUACGAGAAGGAGACCUAUGAGAAGCUAAGCAAGUGGGCUGAAAGACACUCGAGCAAAGUGGUGAAGGGACUGUGGAUGAGAUAUGCUGAAGGAUAUGUUGAAGCUGCGAGGAGGGUUGAUGGCAAGUCAUAAAUGAGUUUGUUUCUCCAACUGUUACUGAUUCAUAAAAGCCACAAGUCAAAGGGAACAUGGUUGUUCAUUUCAUCUGGCUUAUACCAAAGCCAGCUAGUUUCUUUGGUCGGUUCGGUCGAAACCGACUUGAAUUGAUACCAAACUAAACUGAUUGGUGUUUGCCUCGUAUCUCCAACUGAGUUCUAACAAAAUAGUAAUUUGGUUGAAACUGUUCAAAUUGGAUUAUUAUUUAGAAUAUGAUCACUUCUCCUAUGCUAUAUAGCAUUUGUGUUUUAAUGUACAAUUUAAAGUUGUAUCAUAACAUUAAAUGUAUAAGGUUAGGUUGUACCAUAAAGCAAUUUGUAUAAUUAUGUUAUGGUACAACUUUACAACUUGAAGUUGUACCAUCACAUAAAGGUACAAGUUCAAGUUGUAUCAUAAAAGAAUUUGUACAAAAAAUAUAGGUACAAUCUAAAGUUGUACCAUAACGUAAAUGUACAAUUUUAAGUUGUACCAUAAAGACAAAAAUCUAUAGCACCAAUACUAUAUAGCAUUGUAAAAUUUCUCUAGGAAUAGAUAUAGCAUCCCUAGCAUUCAUUUUAGGGUUAGUUGAGCUCCAUGUUAUAUUUAGGGGUUGCUAUUUCAAUCCAUGAAAGGAAGAAGCUUUCAAUUAAUCAUGUUAUUUAUGGAUAAUUUGUGAUUUGCUUCAAUUUUCUUGAGUUUUCUAGAUUGGUGUUGAACAAUUUGUAUAGUUAAUUUGUGAUUUGCUUGAAUUUUCUAGAAUGGUGUUUUAUAUAUGGAUAAUUUGUAUUGAGAGAUUGAUAUUUGACUUUAAUUUUGAUAGAAACUUGUUAUUGUAUAUUUUUUACGACAAAAACCCGUGGAUACCCAUGAACCCACGGAUACCUAGCGGGUUGGGGUUGAGUUUUUCAAACCCAGUGGGUUUUACCCCGAGUUUUUUUCACGGAUAAACCCAUAGUUUUGGGUUUGGCAAAACCCAACCCAACCCGACCCAUUAUCAUCCCUAGUUGCAGGCGAAUUGACAAAAUAGUAAUUGAGGGGCUCAUUUGUUAUUGAGAUAUAGUAUAGGAGCUUCUUCCGUUAAAAUUAUAAUAUAAGGGCUUAUUUGUUAUCUUUUCAUAGUAGAGGGGCUUGUGGAGUUAUUAAUCCAAUAAAGUUUAAAAGAUGAGAUCGUCCAGAUGAUCAACCACUAGGGAUGGCAACGGGUAGGGUAGGGUGCGAGUUUACCCUAUACCAACUCCUAACCCGCCGGGUAGAGCCUCCUAAAAUACCCGACCAAAUAACCACCGGGUAUGAAAAUGAGAUAACCAUACCCUACCUACCCACUGGGUAACCACGGGUAUUCGGGUAACCAUGGGUACAAAUCUUAAAAUAUGAACUUAUGCACAUAUAUGCACAUACAUACUGUUGUCUAUUAAAAAUUCUCAAUACUUGUAACUGUUAUAGCUUCAACAAUCUACACAAAUAAAAACAACAAACACAUAAUAAUUGUUCUUGCUUCUACAAUCCACACAAACAAAAACACAAUACAUCAUAUUUGGUCUAGCUUAAACAAUCCACUCAUAAACAAAAACAGCAAAGACAAUAUUAGAACCAGACCACAUCAAAUGUUCACUGCUUAACUUAUGCUUCAUGACAUCCAUCAAGGCAUCAUUAGUAGAACAAUUAUCCAAGGUAAUCGUAGAUACCUUUGUGUCAAUAUCUCAAGCAAGUAAAGUUUCAAGAAGAGC